AUGCCAGGAGAAAAAUCAAGGGACAAAAGAUCAAAUUUUGAUAGUAAAGAUAAAUAUUUUUUAGGAGUUUUUCGAAAUGUUAUGGAUACAAUUUUGAUGGCCAUAGAUUUAAGAUAUACCGAGAAAAAAAAUGAAAAUGUUUUAAUAGGGCUUCCUCUGAUUUGUCCAGGACCUAUCUAUUUUGAAAAUAUACAUUAUCGUGUGGAAACAUUUGGAAAAAAAUUAGAAGUUUUUGCAUUAAUGUCUAACGUUGAAGUCACUGAAGUUUUAGAAGAACUAAUAGCUUUUGCUACAUCAUACAAGACCAUGAUACCUCUUUGA